UCUCACUUGUCACUUGUUGCUUUCAUUUCUAUUACCAACUUUUAACAUAAAGGCUAUUGCAAAAAGUAAAAAAAGAAGCAAAUUGGAUGUAAUCCAAAUCACAACCAAACAUGCCAACAGCAAGAGCUCGUUUGGGCAGAAGAACAUCCAGUUCUUCCUACUCAUCAACUAUUACUACUAUCAUCUUUGUAUCAUUAUGUGUUUUAGGCGUAUGGCUUCUCACCUCCACCUCUGUUAUUCCUCCCAAAUCCACCACUCGAACAUCCACCGAAUCUACCACCUCCACUUCUUCUUCUCUUCCCUCCACCAUUAUGGAUGCCCACAAGACUAUUUCUAACAAUGGAAGAACACCUGUUUUUAAGGACACACAAGGAGACCUUCCUGAUGAUGCCAUUAAAACUGAUGACACUAACCGACCUCAGGAUACUAGGGAAAAUGACAAGCCCCAGACAGAUGUCUCAUCAGAUAUUACAAAGGAUUCUGGUGGUUUAAACGGGAAUGGUGAAUCAUUGCAAGGUAGUGAAAAUGGAAAACUAGCUGAAGAUGAUAAGAAAAAUGGAAAUCUAGCUGCUGCAGAGCACUCUCACGGAUUGCAUGGAACCGAAUCUGUUGAAGAGCAAGAGAAGCAGAAACUAUUGGAGACACAAACAUCUGAGGAAAGUUCCAUCACUCACAGGCAAGAAGCUGAGCAAAUAACUGCAGGAAUCGGAAAGACAACAACUGGAAAAGAAUCUAAAGAUAAGGGAAGCCUAGGAAAAGAUAAGGCUGAAGAGGACGUGUCGUUGGAUUCAGGAAAUGAUGCCCAUGGAGUUUCAACAGAUAACACCAAGAACAUAUUGACAGAUCAAGAGCAACAAAAACGACUAGAGCAGCAUCAACAACAGGAAGAUGACCAAAUGCAACAGCAACAGAAACAAUCAGAAGAACAAACUCAAGGAGUAAUGAGUAAAGAUCAAAUCAAACAUGAUGAGGCACCUAUAUUAAAAGAUGUUAAAAUUCAACAUGACCAUAAGGCUCCCGUAAACUUAACUAAUAACCUACCUGUUCCGAAGACGGAAAAUCACAAGACUGAAACCAUUGUACCAAAAGAGUCUAAAGAAUCAAAGAAGUCCUGGUCGACACAAGCUGAUCAUUCAGUUAACCAGAAAGAAAGACGAACAAUCGGAUCAAAUAACAAAGACAGCAGUGUCCCGGAACAGAAUUGGCAGCUGUGCAAGGUGGAAGCUGGUGCAGACUACAUACCAUGUUUAGACAACGAGGAAGCAAUAAAAAAACUAAAAACCACAAAGCAUUAUGAACAUCGCGAAAGACACUGUCCUCAAGAACCUCCAACCUGCCUUGUCCCCUUGCCUCAGGGAUACAAGACACCAAUUGAGUGGCCUAAAAGCAGAGAUAAGAUAUGGUACCAUAAUGUGCCUCAUACAUUGUUAGCAGAGGUGAAGGGGCACCAAAACUGGGUGAAGGUUUCUGGUGAAUUCCUAACUUUCCCAGGUGGAGGUACCCAGUUUAUCCAUGGAGCAUUGCAUUACAUUGAUUUUGUACAAGAGGCAGUUCCGGAUAUAGCAUGGGGAAAGCACACUCGAGUAGUAUUAGAUGUUGGCUGUGGAGUCGCUAGUUUUGGUGGUUAUCUUUUCGAGAGAGAUGUUCUUGCAAUGUCUUUCGCACCUAAAGAUGAACAUGAGGCACAAGUUCAAUUUGCACUUGAAAGGGGAAUACCUGCAAUAUCUGCAGUGAUGGGUACUCAGAGGUUGCCAUUUCCAAGUGGAGUUUUUGACCUUGUGCAUUGUGCACGCUGCAGAGUCCCUUGGCAUGAAGAAGGUGGUGCUCUUCUCCUGGAACUGAAUCGUGUACUCCGCCCCGGAGGUUACUUUGCCUGGUCUGCAACUCCUGUGUACCAAACUCUUGAAGAAGAUGUCGAGAUAUGGAAGGCAAUGUCUAAUCUGACGGUGUCCAUGUGCUGGGAGCUUAUAACCAUAAAGAAGGACAAACUAAACUCCGUUGGUGUUGCUAUCUACCACAAGCCAGACACAAAUGACUGCUACAAUCAAAGAAAACAAAACAAACCCCCAAUGUGUAAACCAGAUGAUGAUCCUAAUGCUGCCUGGUAUGUUGCCUUCCAUUCAUGUAUACAUAGGGUGCCGACUGAAGAAAAGGAAAGAGGAUAUCGGUGGCCUGUAGAGUGGCCUGAGCGACUACAGACCCCUCCAUACUGGCUAAACCAAUCACAAGUUGGAAUUUACGGAAAACCAGCUCCAGAUGACUUUGCAGCAGAUUUGGAACAUUGGAAACGUUUGGUAAGCAAGGUGUAUAUGAACGGACUGGGAAUUAGCUGGUCAAAUGUGAGAAACGCCAUGGACAUGAGAGCAGUAUAUGGAGGGUUUGCUGCAGCUCUUAGAGAUCUCAAACUGUGGGUGUUGAAUGUGGUGAAUGUCAACUCUCCGGAUACACUUCCUAUAAUAUAUGAACGUGGUCUUUUUGGGAUUUAUCAUGAUUGGUGUGAAUCCUUCAGUACAUACCCAAGGACAUACGAUCUACUACAUGCUGAUCAUCUUUUCUCCCAGUUAAAGAAGAGGUGUAAAAUUGUUGCUGUGUUAGCAGAGAUUGACAGAAUAGUUAGACCUGGAGGUUACUUGAUUGUCCGUGAUGACUCCGCCACAACUAAGGAAGUAGAGAACUUACUCAAGUCUCUGCAUUGGGAAAUUCGGAAAACCAUCUCCCAUAACCAAGUUGGAAUACUAAGUGCACAGAAGACUUUGUGGCGGCCAAGCGCUUCUGCUGCACCAACCUGAUUACAAAGUCAGGAGAAUCUCAAAUUGUCUAAAUCUGUAGUUUUUACUCUGUAGCAAGCACAACAAGCAAUUCUGUUUUUGUAGCCUAAAGUUCUUCAUGUAAUGCUGCGGGCAGGCAAGCAGCUGCUACCGUAGCUUUUGUUAUUUAUUUUUAUUUUUAUUUUUUAUAGUUAUUUAUUUAUUCUUUGAUAGAUAAAGAAGGCAAAGUGCUGCCCGGAAAUGCCGCAGCUCUUGUUAUUGAUUAAUUGCAAGGUUAAUGUAACAUUUAGCAUACAGAUGCAUAAUUAAAACGACGGAGAACUGAAGUUCCCCAUUUAUUAAUCUCUUCUUCAAGC